UUUAGGACAUAUUCUUCGAAUCCACUGAUCUAAAUGACCACAUAGCAACGCCAUUGUCAAAACUCCAAAAGCUUUAGCCUUUUGUUUUUUUUUUAGACAUUUAUACGUCCCCUUCGAUCAUAUAAAAAAAGGGUUUAAUUUUGUUGAUGAUGAUGGCGAGGAUUCCGGUGAGGUUCAAUAAGAUAGCGGCGGCUUUUGACGAGGCGGCACGUGCGUCGACGGUGGUAGCACGGCAAUGCGAGAGUAGUAGCGGAAGUGAUCAUUCGUCGGAAGAUUUGUCAGAUCUUUCGGACCUUGUAAAUUCUUUUAUCGAAACUGGUGAUCAUGAGGGUAAUAAGACGGCGCCGGAGAAGGAAGAUGAUGAGCAUGAUGAUGGGUCGGAGUCGGAGCCGGAGGGUUAUUGGUCGGAGACCAAAGAUGCUUUAAAGCAAUUGGUGAAGAACAAAGGUGAUAACGUGAAGGUCAAGAUCGUCGGACUUGUAGAGCUGGCUUGCCGGAAUGUUUUGGAUAUGUCGUCGGAGGGUUUUAAACGUCGGAUUAUGUCUGAUUUGAGAGAUAAUGGCUUUGAUGCUGGACUGUGCAAAUCACGGUGGGAGAAAUUCGGGAGGCACCCAGCCGGACGUCACGAAUACAUAGACGUGAACGUGAACCGGACUCGUUACAUCAUCGAACUCAACCUCGGCGGUGAGUUCGAAAUAGCUCGACCAACAACGAGUUACGACUCACUUAUCCAGAUUUUCCCACGGAUUUUCGCCGGUAAACCAGAAGAACUUAAGCAAAUCACGAGAUUGAUGUGUAAAUCGAUGAGGGAAUCGAUGAAAAGUAAUGGACUGAAAGUGCCACCUUGGAGAAGACUUGGGUACAUGCAGGCUAAAUGGUUUGCUCAUUAUAAACGUACAACAAAUGACGAAAACUUGGAUAAAAAUGCUUCAAAGAAUGUAGCAACGGCGACGAAGAGAUCGGUUGGGUUCGAGGAAUUACCGGCGGUUUCAUUUUAUUGCAGAGAUGGUUUCGUUGCUAAUAGUAAAAUUGGUUUGAAAGUUGGUUAUUUGAGUGCUGCGUUUAUGCAGUCAUAGCUAAUAAAGAUGAUUUUCUAGGUUAAGUGUAUAUACAGUGACGAUUUUGGAGGGAAUUUUUGUUGAUUGCUUUAUGUAAGUAAUGAUCAGCACAAGGUCCGAAGUAUUUCACAUUGUUAGCAUUUAAUGUAAUAUUACUGCCCAUAAUGUUAUAUUCCACAUUUCGACCAUGUAAUUUCAUUACGAUUCAUUCUUUAAA